AUGAUCACCGCACUGCUGCUCGGAGGCGGCAUCCUUGCGCUGUACGUGUACUGCAAGCUCAAGUUCCGGUUCGCGGAGCGCAUCCCGUGCGUCGAGCCGCUGCGGCCGUUCUUCGGCAACGGCCUCGAGUUCGCGCAGAAAAACUCGUACGAGAUCUUUAAGAACUUGGAAUGCGCGUUCGCGCAGAACAAGCGCAUCUUCAAGCUCUGCUUCGGCCCGAUCCCGGUGAUCUGCCCGACGCACCCGGACCUGAUCCAGAAAAUCAUGAACGAUCCGGCCACCAUGGACAAACCGUUCGUCUACAACUUCAUGCGCGUCGACAAGGGCCUGCUGACGGCGGAGUAUGACACGUGGCGUGUGCACCGCAAAACGCUGAAUCCCACCUUCAACACGCGAAUCCUGAACAGCUUCAAUCCGAUCUUCACCGAUUGCGUGGCGAAGAUGAUCGCCAACAUGCGGGCCCAUGCUGCGACCGGGAAGUCCUUGAACGUGCUCGAGUUUACUUCGCCCUGCACGCUCGAAAUGAUCUGCCGCACCUCGCUGGGCGGCACGGUGCUGGAGCGGGAAGGCAAGCAGGAGUUCGUUGAAGGUCUCGAGAUCAUCCUUCACAAUGUCGGCCUUCGAAUGUUUAACGCGAACCUCUACCCGGACUUUGUGUACAAGUACACGCGCUUCUACAAAGCCGAAAUGGAGCAACGAAAGAUAUGCUACGCAUUCACCGAUAAGGUGAUCGAGGAGAAGCGGGCCGAGUUUGAGAAGAAACUGCACGGGCGGGUCGAUGGGAACAACAACAGCGAGGCGCCCGCAACAGUGGACGCCAAUGGCAACGUCGUCUUCGACGACGCCGAAGAAGACGAUCUGCUCAGCUACAAGAAGCCGCAAAUCUUCGUCGACCAGCUGCUGACCAUCCCGAACGAUGGCCGGCCCUUCUCGCACGAAGAGAUCAGCGAUCAAAUCUACACGAUGAUCGCGGCGGGCAACGAAACGUCCGCCACGCAGGCCGCCCACGCCUGUCUGCUGUUGGCCAUGCACCCGGACAUCCAGGAGCGGGCCGCAGCUGAAGUGCGCGAGGUGCUGGCCGAUGACGCCGAGAUCACGCACGACACCCUCAAGCGGAUGGUGUACCUCGAGCGGGUCAUCAAGGAGUCGCAACGGCUGUGCCCGGUGGCCGCCGUCUACGGCCGGAAAGCCAUCGCUCCCAUCCAGCUGGACGAGUUCCACAUCCCGACGGGCUUCAUUCUGCUGCUGAACGUGUUCGCGCUGCACCGAAGCAAGGAGUUCUGGGGACCGAACGCGGACCGCUUCGACCCGGACCACUUCCUGCCGGAGCGCGUCCGGCAGCGCCACCCGUACGCCUACCUGCCGUUCAGUGGCGGGCCGCGCGGGUGCAUCGGGAGCCGCUACGCCAUGAUGAGCCUGAAGGUGAUGCUGUCGCAGAUACUGCGGAACUUUCGCGUGACCACCGACAUACCGUACGAGAAGCUGGAGUUUAAGUUCAAAGUGUCGAUGCACCUGGCCUUCGAGCACUCGGUGAAACUGGAGCCCCAUUCGAUCGAGAGCCACAAUUUGCUGUCCAGUGUGGACCGUUUUAUGUCGCUCCUUGCCAACGAAACGGAACUGCUCGAAAACGAUGUGACUGUUGAGCUACAGGGUUGGUUCAACGAAACUGAGGAAAUAGUUCACAUCGUGGGGGAAGAAGCGGUCACCAUUCUGGACAAUCUUCUAGACGCACCCGCUGGGGCUUUUCUGCAGGGUGAAAGCAGCCUCGAGUGUCUAGCCGAGUAUUACGCCCAGUCCGCCACCAACAAUAUCUGGUCGGGCGUGGACAAUGUGUUUGGCUGUUUCAACGACGAUAAAGAAAUCCUCGGUGCCUUCGAAAUGGCUAGUCAAUUACUAGGCCUCGCUGAGCGGGACAUUCAAUACGUACUGCAAGGUCUCGUCAGCUGCGGUACUAGAGCGGCACCGACGGAUACAGGCGACAACGAUCUAAUGAAUUGCUCCGAAGCGGCAAACAGGAUUUUGGAAGUUGCCGAAGAGUUUGUCGUGACGAAAAUGAAUGAAGUAUAUUUCCACGUUGCGGGUGCGCUGAAUUUUGGCGAGCUGAAACUGGAAACGUGCCUGUAUGAGAAAGCACGGCACUUGCUGUUGGACGUUUAUAUUGUAAAUCAACAGUAUCGUGACUGUCUCAGUUUGGAACCGUCGGUUGAACGGGAAGGUUCGAACAUGUUUUUCAUACCAGCAAUCGUUGUGCUCGUGGCGCUCUUCUGGUGCUGGGCCCGAGUGACCCGCAGCUCCGUGAAGGAUAUUGUUGGACCCAGAAGCUAUCCGCUCAUUGGCUGUUCGCAUCUGUUCAUGGGCUCCGAGGAGCGCACGUUCAGUGUGGUGUGUGAGCUGUACCGGAAGUACGACAAAAUGUUCCGCCUGACUCUCGGACCGAAGACGAUCCUGUGCCUCUCGGACCCGGAUAUCAUCCAGCAGGCUUUGACCUCAGCCUCGAGCCAGAACAAGGCUUUCUUCUAUCGGUUCCUGGAGAUGGACUAUGGACUCGUGUCUUCCCGCUAUGUGGACUGGAAGUUGUACCGCAAACUGUUGAAUCCAGCCUUCAACCAGCGCAUACUGGUCAGCUUCAUAUCGAUCUUCAGCCGUAGCGCCGGAACGAUGGUAAGUCGCAUGGCCAAGGAGGAAGAGCACGGCCGUCCGUUCGACAUCCUUCACUACACUGCGCAGUGCACGCUGGAGAUGGUGUGCGCCAGCUCGCUGAAAAGUGACAUCACCGACGAUCCCCAGUCACGCGGGCUGUGUCAGGACAUUGAAAAAAUCGGCUCCAUCAUGGGCAGUCGCGUGUUCAACGUGAUGCUCUACAGUGACCUACUGUUCGCGUUGACACCUCGCUACCGAGAAAUGCAGAAGCUCCGGCACAAGGUGGAACAAGUUGUUGAACCGAUUUUACACAAACGCCAGGACGAACUGCGCCAACAGCGUUCGGAAAAGACGCUUCUUGAUGAAGAGGAAAAUUACCGGAAGCCGAUGGUGUUCCUCGAUCAGUUGCUUAACAUGCAACGCAACGGGGACGACCUUUCGAUGGCGGAAAUCGAAAGCCACAUCUACACCAUCAUUGCAGCAGGUAGCGAGACGACCGCGAACCAGGUUGCGUACAUUCUCCUCAUGUUGGCCAUGCACCCCGAGCUGCAGGAACGAGUGUACGACGAAAUGGCACUAGUUUACGACACCGAUUCGCAGGACAUCUCGUACGACACAAUUUCGAGGCAGCACUACCUGGAGCAGGUGAUCCAGGAAACGAUGCGACUCUUUCCGGUGGCUCCGUUGAUCGGUCGGGAAACCGUGGAACCGAUGUCGCUCGGCGGGUGCGACGUUCCGGCCGGCGUGACGCUACUCAUCAACAUUCUGAACGUGCACCGGCGGAAAGAUUUGUGGGGCGAGCGGGCAGAUCGGUUCGAUCCGGAUCGGUUCGAGCCGGCGGCGUACGCGGUCCACAAGCGCCAUCCGUUCAGCUACUUUCCCUUCGGUGGUGGGCCCCGGAAUUGCAUCGGCUACCGGUACGGUAUGUUUGCGAUGAAGAUUAUGGUCACGCAGGUUCUGCGGACGUACAAGCUCACCACCCCGUUAACCUUGAGCGGUCGGUUGCGUCUUUCUUUCGCCGUAACGCUAAAGCUGGGUACCGGGCAUUUGGUCAACAUCAAGCGACGGCACGGCCAGUAA